AAAUCCAUCUUAAGUCACGUGGGUGUUGUAUAUAUGGUGGACGCAUCGAAAAAUUAUGUUCAUAUCAGAUAUGAAUCAUUGAAUUAUGAUGUGAAAUUAAUUCCAUUGUUUUAUUUGUUACUACUUCGCAAAAUUAAAGGAACAGCUAAGACUUUCUUCUUAUAAUGCAGACUAAUCGAGAUGUAUUGAUCAAUGAUUAUACAGAGAUAGUUCAACGUCUACCUGUUACUUUGAGAUUAGCCUACGGAGUAGGACAUGUUUUAAAUGAUAUUUGUGCUUCCAUGUGGUUCACAUAUUUAUUAGUAUAUUUUCAUUUUGUAUUGGGAUUUAGUGCGACUCAUGCAGGAGUACUAUUACUUAUUGGCCAAGUAGCAGAUGCAGUUGCCACUCCAUUUGUUGGCUUACAUUCUGAUAAAAAUGAUGAUUUUUGGCUUUGUAAAUAUGGCAGAAGGAAAACAUGGCACUUACUAGGCACUAUUUGUGUGUUUUUAACAUUCCCUUUCAUAUUUUCCCCGUGCAUUAAUUGUGAGAAUGCACAUCAGUGGGCACAAUUAAUAUAUUAUGCUGCUUUUAUUAUAAUCUUUCAAUUUGGUUGGGCAGCAGUUCAAAUUUCACAUUUAUCAUUGGUUGCUGAACUAACACCGACUGACUAUGAAAGAACAGAACUUAUAGCUAUUAGAUACAGUUUUACAGUAUCCUCGAGCAUUCUUGUUUAUUGUACUACAUGGGGAUUAUUGCAUAUAACGAAUAAUGAUGAUCCUGAUGCUCAAAUUGGACCUAAUGAUGCUCAUAAAUUUCAAACAAUUGUAUUCUGUGUAACAGGAAUUGGAAUUUUUACUUCUUUUAUAUUCCAUAUUUUUGUUAAGGAGGGUAAUAUCAAUAAUUCGGAUGGUUCUUUACGUCGUAACACAAGACCAAUAUCAGUAUUAUUAAAAAAUAUACAAUUAUAUCAAGCAGCAUGUAUUUAUAUGCCAACACGACUGUUUGUAAAUUUGUUACAAAUUUAUAUACCUUUAUAUUUACAUGAGUUUUUAAAUAUGCCAGCUACAUUAUUAGCUAUUAUACCAUUGACUAUGUUUAUUAGUAGUUUUUUAACAUCCUUAGUUAUAGAAAAGUUAAAUACAAAAUUAGGAAGAAAAAUUUCAUAUUGUAUCGGUGUAUUAUUUGGUCUUUCUGGGUGCAUAUGGAUACGAUGUGGAAGAGGCUAUACAUUUGAACAUUAUCAAAUUUAUCCACUAUCUAUGUUGCUAGGUUCUGCCGGAUCAAUUAUAUUAGUGACCAGUUUAGGUAUUAUUGCUGACUUUAUAGGUCAUAACACAGAGAAUGGAGCAUUUGUAUAUGGAUUUAUGAGUUUUACUGAUAAACUUGGCAAUGGAUUAGCAGUAAUGCUUAUACAAUACUUACGUAAAUUUACUGUUUCUACCGAUUAUUAUAGAAAUAUAAUUUCGAAUGUUUGUGCUUGCUCCGCUAUCUGUGGUCUUUUAAUGAUAUUGUAUAUAAAACCAUUUUUAUCUUAUAAUGCUUAUAAUAUCAUGAACACGGUUGAAACUACAGAAAAUAUUGAUUCAUCCUCAUCAGUUAUUACCACUACUAAUGAUAGGAUUGGUAGAUUUUCGUCAAGACAAGAACAUGUUACUUAAUUGUUGAUGAUACAAAUGUAUAUAAUAGCAUAUUAUAUUAUUUAUACGUUAUUGCAAUAUAUAUAAAAGAAAAAAGAAAAAAAAAUUAUAAAUAUUUUAAUAAGAUUUUUAAUAAGAGAUAAAUAUUCUCAUCACAAUAUGGAAUAAAGAUCUGUACUAAAGGACUAAUAAAAAUAAGUCACGGAA